AUGUCGACUCGCGGACGCGGUCGUGGGCGAGGUAGAGGUAGGAUAAGCACCGUUACUCCUGCCCCCACAGGGACCGAUCCAGUAGACUUUAUGGCUGCCUUGGGAAAUAUGGUUGCAGCUAUGCAGGUGAGAACUGAUGCACUGGGUAAUCAGAUAACCAGGGCACAGCAGGUUUCUGAAGAGCAAUGGGUUGAGUUUGGAACUUAUCAGUUGCAAGGUGAAGCUCAAUAUUGGUGGCAGGGAACACGACGUAUUUUACAGCCGGAUGGUGCUUCGAUUCCUUGGGAGAUUUUUCGGACAGAAUUCUAUAAGAAAUACUUUUCUAAUUCAGCCAAAAAUGCCAAGGAACUUGAAUUAAUGCAGUUAAAGCAGGGACAGAUGACUGUAGCUGAGUAUACUAGCAAAUUCGAAGAGUUAUGUCACUUUUCUCGUAUCUGUCAAGGAUGUCUUCAGAGUGAUAUUCUGAGCUUCGUUGCUCCAAUGGAGAUCCGGGUGUUUUCUAAAUUGGUGAAUAAAAGUAGGAUAGCUGAGGAUUGUGUGAGGAAGGCGACAACAGAGAAAGGAAGUUUGAGGGUGCCUUUUCAGAGGCCUUCAGGGAGGAACUUUGCUCCGAGAGGUAUCAAUUUCAAGCGUGGAGGCUUUGUUCCGCAGCAGACUCAGGGCCAGGGUAGUUACAGAAGGCCGAAUACUAAUGUCAAUCAAGGAAGAAGGUUUGGGAAGCAGCCACAGCAGGAUCUGAAUUCUACUAAUUGUUCAGAGAAGAAGAAGUAUGAGACUGGUAGGGUGCAGCAGCCAGGGAGAGUAUACACCACUUCUACAGUAGGUGCCGAUGGAUCUGAGACACUGAUUAUAGGAGCGUCUCAUUCAUUUAUUGCAUUUGAAAAGGCCAAUGAGUUAGGAUUGAGAAUGGUGGUUUUAGGUUAUGAUUUGAAAGUAUAUAAUGCUACUCAUGAAGCUAUGGUGACUAGGAUAGGAUGUCCACAAGUUUCCUUUCAAGUACAACAGCGUGAAUUUAUGCAUGAUUUUAUUUGUUUGCCUAUGACUGGUGUUGAUCUCAUCUUGGGAUUGGAUUGGUUAUCCAAGAAUCAUGUUUUGCUUGAUUGUUCUGAGAAGUCAGUACAGUUUAUGCCGGAAGGGUCAAAAGUACCAGUUGUGGUGAAUAGUUACUAUUUGAACUCUAUGAUAGUAAACUGUUCUAGAACUGAAUGUCAGGAUAUUAUGUUAUUAACUGUGGGAGUAUCAGAUUUGGUACCUGAAGCCAGUCUGAAUUUGAUUACUCCUUAUAGGAUGUCACCUUUAGAAAUGGCUGAACUGUAA